UUCCAGGACAGUGAGGCACCAGCAAGAUGAAGCCAGCUGCAGAGUGUGAAGACAGUGGAGUGGUCUGCUGGGUAGUGAGGGCUGGCAGAAAGACAGACUGAUAGACGAAGAUAUGUUGUGACUGAGCUGCUGUUUCUCACCUGUCAUAGAAGUUUGAAGGAGUGCUGCUCUCAUGGCGGGACCAACCACACAGGAACCUUUGAAGACUCAGCAGAAGUGCAUUGCCAUCUUUGCCCUGAUGUGCUGCUUUGCCGUGCUGAUGGUGCUGAUCUUUUCAUCCGUGGACGUUUGGGGGGACGAUGAGGAUGGUAUCACAGAGGAGAACUGCAGCAAUGACUGCCGCAUCGUACUUGUGGAGAACAUUCCAGAUGACCUCUCUCUCCUCGUGGAUGGCAGACACCACUUCCCUCUCUCUGUUGGCUUUCACACCCUGCUGGACCAGGCAAAGCACUCGGUGGAGGUGGUGUCACCUGUCUGGGACUUAAACUCUUGGGACCUGGAAACAAUGGCGAGCACUGCCAAACAGGGUCAGCUUUUGUUCCAGCGUCUGCUCAGCCUGAAAUCUCGUGGGGUUAAGCUGAAGAUUUCCAGCAGUGUGACUAACUCUGCUGAACUGAAGACCUUGGCAGCACACAAUGCAGAGGUUCAUUUUGUUAAUAUGACAGCUUUUACCAGAGGAGGACUGCAUUCUUCAUUCUGGAUAGUGGAUCGGAAACACAUUUACAUCGGGAGCGCUGCUAUGGACUGGAGGUCACUCUCCAAGAGGAAAGAACUGGGGGUGAUGGUGUAUAACUGCAGCUGUCUGGGUCUGGACCUCCACCGAGUCUUUUCCUUCUACUGGCAGCUCCAUGACAGGGACUACAUCCCCUCCAUCUGGUCGAAGAGAGUUACAGCCCUCUAUGGAAAACACAACGCCCUGGAGCUACAACUCAACGCUACCUGGGCCACUGCCUAUGUGUCUACCUCUCCUGAACUCUUCUGCACUAAAGAUCGCACCAGAGAUGUGGACGCCAUCUCUCAAGUCAUCCAGAGUGCAAAAACAUUCAUCUUCAUAUCUGUGACGGACUACCUCCCUCUGGUGAGCAGGAGUUUCAGAGGAACCUCGGUCACAAGGUACUGGUCACCUAUUGAUGAGGUGAUCAGGGAGGCUGUGGUUGUGAGAGGAGUCAGAGUUCGCCUGCUGAUAAGCUUUUGGAAGAAGACUCAUCCGCUCACCUUUAACUUUGUGACCUCCCUCAAGUCGCUGUGCAUGCAUCUGCACAACUGUUCCCUGGAGGUGAAGUUUUUUAGUCACAACAAGGAGCAAAAGGACGAUGUUCAACAUGGACUGAACCACAACAAGUAUGUGGUGACCGACAGUGCGCUUUACGUUGGGAACCAUGACUGGGUGGGGAGCGACUUUGCCAUUAAUGCAGGAGUUGGACUGAUGGUCAAGAUGAAAAAUAAUCUUACAGACAGCAGAUUGUCGAUCUUGGAACAAGUCAAAGCUGCUUUUGAAAGAGACUGGAGGUCACGUUACGCCAAGAGCCUACAAGGAAGCAAAAAUCAAGAAAGCAAAUACAGAAACCUGCAGCAGGCGAAGAUUCAAAUGGAGAUUAAGGAGGAAAACAACCCUUUAUCUUUAUAAGCACAGAAUAUCUCUCUAUAUCCUACAGCCUCAAUAUGCCUGAAUAUGCUACAUUUUACAAAACUUGUACACAAUAUAAGAAUGAAACCUACACUAUUAGACCUGACUUUGAUUAUGUGAUUAUAUUAAAUUUAACAGAUUCACUUACAGCCAACAAAGACAAUGUUGAAGUUGAAAGUCACAGUAACAGUAUGUAGCUAUUUAAUCAAUUGUUGACUGUUAUAUGAGCAUGUACCGCUGCAUGAAUAUUCAAAGCAAUAUUCAAAUUCAAAUUAUAUACUUCUAAGAUAAGCAAUAGGAUGAAUCAAUAUGGUCUAUU